AAAAAAAAACAAUAGAUCCUGAAAAUAAAAGUCAUGUUCAGGAGAUGAAAGUUAAAACAAAAGGCAAAGUGGAACCUGUAACACCUCCUUCACCAAGCUUUCACUCUUUUCAGCUUGUCACAGUUUAUGCAUUUGAACAAUCCACUCACUUAAGAGUUUAUUCAUUCAUCAUUCAUUUCAUUUAACAGUCCUUGAAGCAGAUCCCAUUCCAAAAUGACUGCUUCUGUUCCUCCAAGCCUAUGGCUGGCUCCAAACCCCAGCAAGAGAUGGGGUGAACUCUUCUUCCUUCUCUACACCCCCUUCUGGCUCACCCUCUGUCUUGGCAUUGUUAUUCCCUUCAAUCUUUACGAGAAAUUCACAGAAUUGGAGUACUUGCUUCUCGGAUUGGUUUCGGCUGUUCCUGCCUUUGUCAUCCCAAUGCUGCUUGUCGGAAAGGCAGAUAAAAGCAUUCAUUGGAAGGAUCGAUAUUGGGUCAAGGCUAGUCUCUGGAUAAUAAUCUUCAGUUAUGUUGGAAAUUAUUUCUGGACUCAUUAUUUUUUCACAGUUCUUGGUGCAUCUUAUACCUUCCCAUCAUGGAAAAUGAACAAUGUACCGCACACAACAUUCCUGCUCACUCAUGUUUGCUUCCUGUUUUAUCACGUUUCAUCGAACAUGACACUGCGUCGGUUACGACAUUUUAUUGCUGAUUUGCCUGAAAAAAUUCAAUGGGCUACCGAAGCUGCAUGGAUUCUCGCGCUUGCUUAUUUUAUAGCCUACCUGGAGACCGUGGCUAUCUCUAAUUUCCCUUAUUAUGAAUUUGUGGAUCGUGACACUAUGUAUAAAGUUGGGUGUCUGUUUUAUGCCAUAUACUUCAUUGUGAGCUUCCCAAUGUUUUUAAGGAUAGAUGAAAAACCUGGUGAUAAAUGGGACUUGCCUAGAGUGGCUGUUGACGCUUUAGGUGCUGCAAUGUUGGUCACAAUAAUACUUGAUUUGUGGCGCAUCUUUUUGGGACCUAUUGUUCUGAUCCCAGAUGCAAAACAGUGUCCUCAAGUAGGAUUACCUUGGUUCACAGGACAUGCCAAUCUCACAUGAGAGUUAUUGUAGAUUGUCGUGUGGAGAAUGUGCUGAAAAAAUCAGACUUGGACAGUGCUCACACUGCCAAACUUCUGAUUAGUUCUUUUAGUCUUUGUAGUGCUUUUUCAUGUUCCCUUCAGCUGUAGACAAAGACAGGUGACUAAACAGUGUUCAUUUUAAUUAAUGAAGACUCGGUUCUUUGGACACUGUUUUUCAUGUUC